AUGACAGGGUCCGUUGAUGCAAAAGAUCGUAGUCCACUGCUUCGCUAUGGCUCUGAGAGCACAAACAACAAUGAAAAUAAAUUGCCAGUUUGUUCGCGUCGGUUUGCAGUCGCUGAUAAGCGUUCCGUCGCCUCUCAGACUUCAUUGCAAACAAUGUUCUAUGCACUUAAUGGGAUUGCACUCUUUGUGCUAUUGUCGCUAUGUAUUUCAAUACACAACACUAUAUCUCAAUUGGAAACGCAACCUAUCAGCACCAUGGGGAGUAUAAGAGAGGCUCGACAAGUGAACGCCGUGCUCUACAGCUCGGAUGACGGUCUAGUUCCCAUGGCGUUGCUACCAUCAAAGUUUGCAGUGGAAUAUGUAACUCCACGUCAAGACCAAGCUCACCGCGGCACAUGCUGGGACUUUGCAACGAUUGGGUUCUUAGAGCAAUCGUACCGAGCGCACGGUGUCCACAAAGGAUGGCUCAAACCAGACGAAUAUGUUGCAUUUUCGGAGCAGGCGUAUGGUGUGGAAAUUCUCAAGCUUUGCACAGGUGAUGCAGACUCACAACAGCAAAAGGAUUGCCGAGUGGCUGGUGAUAAGAUGUGGAUGAACUCGACUGAUGGUGGUGAAGUUCCUGAGCUCUAUUACUUGCAAAAUGGACUCAAAGAAUCCGUUUUCCCGCAAUCUGUGUGCAAAUACUACACCAAACCAGGCAACGAUGUGCUUUGCCCUGGACUGGAGGCUGCGCAAGCGGCUGGAAAUCCACUCAAGUUUGAGCUUUCGAGCAUGACGACCAAAUAUGAUGACAUGUCUGUGAGAGAACACCUUGUCCGGAAGAAUCAAGCAAUGCCUCUAUCCACUCCGAUUGCGAUGGUCACCCACUACUAUCCUUGCAUCGGCGCACUUGUUAGCGACUAUCACUGCCAACCUGAAACGUGCACGCUGUGCCCAGGAAACAUGGCCACCACGACAUGCUGUAUCCCACUGAAAGGAAGUCGAAACCGCAACAUGGAAGGCGAGUUCUUCAGUCAUCGGGGCAUGUCAAUUGAAGGUGGCCACGCAAUGCUUCUCGUCGGCUAUAACGACGCCUUCUUGACGCGCGAAGGAUUUACGGGUGGACUAAUUGUGAAAAAUUCUUGGGCGGACGGACCUUACCAAGGCAGCCAUUCUCUUGCCUACUGGAUGCAAGAGGUAUCCGACUGGGAGGAGCGUUCCGUUUGUCCGAACAGCUACAACCCGUUCAGCUGGUACCACUGCGGGAAUAAUGGAAUUUUAUCCAAGUGGCAAGGGAAUGACACGAAAGAGUACAAUGAGGGGAUCAAGGACUGCCUCUCGAACGAGACGAAGCUGUUUGCAGACGUUAAUAUUCAGCCGUUGCACCUAAAAUGCAAGGACCCAAACUUGUGUCGUACGGACGGGGACUACACCUACUUCGUUCGCAACACGACCGACUGGGGUGACCGCAUGACCGUCAUGUGUCUGUGGGAAUACUCAUCAGAGGAGCAUGUAGCGCGUGAGAUUUGCCUGCCGCCAAUGCUAGAGGUUUACAUUGCACACACGCUGGCACCCGUUGAAGAGGAAGUGAAGGAAAAUGACACGGACCGAUGUGGCUUCUACUUUAUCCCGUACGUGGCGCUCCGUCAGUGGAUCGCACAGUUCCAGGGCUUUUUUGUCAGCAGUUUCGACAUCCAGUGGGACCCACAAGCGUACGCUGCCAACAAGGACCUGCAUCCGGAACUCGAUUACUCGCUGUUGGAGGCGUCGACAAAGAGACAGAAUUACAACGAGUUCUUGGGUCCUUUUCCGUACGCCAAGGUCAUCCAGCACUUCCAGUAA